AUGUCGUCCGAGGUACAGUCUCGACCGGCUGCCACACGCGGUGGCCGGGGCGCUGCACGCGGUGGCAGAGGAGGCUUCGCUGGCCGUGGCAGCACGCGCCGGACGAAUGGUGAUGCAAAGAACGAUGACAGCAGCCCAGUAUCCCUUGAGGACGAGGGCGAGAUUGGCCAGCUCAAGAAGCUGUACGGCGCCAAGACGUCACUCAUCCGCGAGUUGUUCCCCGACUGGUCCGAGGUCGACGUCCUGUUUGCUCUCCGUGAGACCGAUGGUGACGAGAACCUGACGGUCACGCGCAUUGCCGAAGGCACAAUUUCUCAGUGGGACGAGGUUUCCAAGCCAAAGAAGGAACGCACGAAGCCAAAGGCCGCAACCGCCGACGCAGCUGCAGCCCGACCGGCCAGACGCGAAGGGGCAGGCCCCGACAAGACCCGUGGACGUGCGAAUGCCAGGGCGGUUGAGCGCGGUGGGCGCAGUGCUCGUGGCCGCUCAGCUCCCGCAUCGGCAAACGGCACCCGCACCGACGCACCCCUUUCUGUCCCGACCGAGGAGUCGCAAGCGUGGGAUGGCCAAAAGCCCGCCGACGAGUCGACCCCCGAACCGACCGCUGCCGCUGCUGCUGCACACACUACCUCCGCUGCUCCCACAUCUGCUCCUACUGCUGCUGCUGCCGUCCCGAAGACGUGGGCGAGCAUGCUCCGCCAGACUGUUGUUCCCCUACCAAAGGCCGCUGCAAAGCCCAAGGAGGCUGCGCACGCAACCAAAGCUCCCACCGAUAUCGCUACCGAUUCUCUCCCUCCCUCCACUUCUACUGCCGCACCCACAACAGCUCCCUCCUCCGCACCAACUGGCGACGCCGAGCCCGAGUCAGCCACUGCUGAAGACACGCCUGUCGUCAAGGAAGCGGCGGCGCUGGACGUCGCCAUUCCGGUUGUCGUACCGGAAGUCGCCAUUUUACCCUCCAAGGAUGCCCUUACCGAAAGCAACCUCGAGCAGGUCGACGACGACUCCCACCCUCCCGAGACCGAUACCCUCCAUAGCGAGGCCGCCGACUCUUGGGACCCCCGUGCCGCUGCUCUUGCCGGCACCAGCACUCCCAUCUCUGCUUCCCAGCAGCAGCACGCCGGCAAGCCCGCCGCCGUGGGCAGUGGCUAUGCUACUACCGCCUCCAAGGCCACCGACCGCGGCGCCGUCCGCACCCCCAGCUACUCGCGCCGCAUCCUCGACCAGGAGGAGGCGGUCCGUAUGCCUGUCAACCGCGAUGUUGACCGCGCUGCUGUGCAGUUCGGUGCCUUGAACUUCAACGGCGCAGAUAACGAGGACAUUGACGGCGACCGUGAGGAGCCCGAGACCCGCGCCCAGCCGCCCGAUGAUUCUCCCGUCGCGCACCCCCGCGCGUCCCUCCCGCCCGUUGCGCCGCCCGCAUCUGUCCCCGACGCAUUCGCAGCCCAGAAACAGGCUGCCGCCAACGCGACCCCCACCGCGACCUCUACCCUUCCCUCCGCACCGGGUGCCACGGCGCCCGUCGCUCCGCCGACAGGCCCUGCUGCCCAGGCCCAGAACGCCCAGCCGUACGGCCGCUACGGCCAGGCUGCUCAGGAUUCCGCGUUUGGCCAGAAGCCCUUUGACACCUACGGCCAACCCGCCCAACCCCAGGCCUCGGCCGCCUCCCAGUUCGACAACUACCAGAGCAUCCCGACUACCGCCAACACCCAGGCCCCGCAGGCCCCGACCGCCUACAGCUCCGCCGCCCCCAACGAGUACUCGCAGUACUUCACCUCUGAUGCGCAGAGCCGCAUGCCGCAAUACAACAACUACUACCAGGCGUACGGCCAGCAGGCCCAGGGCCACCAGGACGGUGCCCAGAACCAGCGCUCCUACGGCGCAUACGACUCGCUUAGCCAGUACCCCCAGAGCAGCGGUGCGUCCCGCUUCGGCGGUGCUGCUGCCGCUACGUCGACCGCUGCCGCUGACGCCCAGAACAGCGGCACCUCGACCCCCAAUCCCCCGGUUGCCGGCCAGCCGCAGUCCCAGCAGCAGCCCGGCGCUGGUGCUCAGGGCCAGCACGGCCAACAGCAGCACCAGAACAACCAGUACCAGUCUUACUCGCAGCACCCGUACUACGCCAGCCCCUACUACGCCCAGUAUGUUCAGUACGGUGCUUUUGGUGGCCAGAGCAACUUUGGCACCCCCUACGGUGGCAAGGGUGGCUACGGUGGUGCUCACCACCCUUACAACAUGAACCCGCAGUAUGACCAGCACUCGCAGUCUUCGGGCGGCUUCGGCGGCGCCUCGUCUCUGCACCGCGGUGCUGGCGCCGACAACACCGGCCUGGGCUCCGCCGGUCUCAGCGACUACGGUCGCGUUGCUUCUUCCAACCAGUCCCAGACCGGCUUUGGCGGUGCUGGUGCCACUGGUCACGAUGGCACCUACGGCCGCGGCGGUGCCUCCGGGUACCAGUCGCAGGCUGCCGGCCAGGGCUACGGUGCGCAGCAGUCUCAGGUGGGCUCGCAGCAGACCGGUGCUGAUGACCUCAAGCCGUACGGCGAUGCCUCCAAGGCCGCCGGUGCUGGUCCCAACCCAUCGGGCCUGGCCCGCCCCGGCUCUGCCACCAACACCCAGUCCUCGCAGUCGCUGCCUCCGCCGCAGUCCGCCCAGCAAGGUGCGUACAGCGGCUACCCCUCGCACCUGCAGCACGGUGCCGGUGGUCUCCACGGUAACAACCAGUCGGCGGCUGGUGGCGCUGGCGGUUACGGCGGCAAUCAGAACCACGGCAACAACCCGUACAUUAGUGCCUACGGCGGCCACAACGCGCAGCAUGGCGGCCAUGCCGGCCAGGGCUUUGGCAGCAACUACUACAGCAACCAGCAGCAGCAGCGCGGCUGGGGCGGCAACUACCACUAG